GGACCUGUCGGCCAACCUCUUCACGGGGCGCCUCGAGACCUUCCUAGCGCCCUUCACUUCCAUCAAGACUCUCAACUCCCUCCGCCUCAACCUGAACUACUUCUCGGGAUCCUUCCCAUCCACCAUCUCCGCCCUCACCGCCCUCACAGAGCUGCGGUUGAACCUGAACUACCUGACGGGCAGCAUGGCGGCGGUGCUGCCGGCGAGCCUCAAGGUGGUGGACGUGUCCAGCAACUACCUGGUCGGCUCCUUCCCCCCCUCCACCGCCACCACCGUCACCUGCGCCAGCAACUGCCUGCAGGACUCCUCCAAGUGCCCCAGCGGCACGGUCCAGCGCGCUGCCGCCGCGUGUGCCAUCUGUGACACGCCCGAUGGCACGGGCAGGCUGUGUGGCGGCGGCAUCUGCACGCCCAACACCACGGACGCCCUCGCGGGCAAGCUCGUCAACUUUGGCACGUCGUCGCUCUUCUGCCUCGGCGCCUCCAUGGACCCCCCCAUGGCGGCGGCGCUGCUCAACAUGAGGGCGUCGCUGGGGGUGACGUUCACGGACUGGGCGCUGGACUCGCCCUGUACCAUCCAGGGCCAGCCGCCGCUGCCAGGCGCCUGGUCCAACAUCGUCUGCAACGCCACCGGCAAAGUCAUGUCGCUCAAUGUGCGCUCCAACCUGCUGGAGGGGCGGCUGGACGUGUUUGCCGCCAACUUCAAGGCGCUCUCGUCGCUCAAGGAGGCCUACCUGGACUUCAACUGGCUCACAGGGCCCAUCCCCUCCACACUCGUCACCAUCGCCACCCUCUCCUCCUUUGAAGCGAGCUACAACUAUCUGUACGGCGCCAUGCCGGCGCCGGGUGCGGCGCUCAAGGCGGUGGCGCUGGACGGCAACUGGCUCUCGGGCACCUUCCCCGGCGCCGCCUUCUCCUCCUGCUCCGCCACCGCCAACUGCCUCGCUGCCAUCGGCGCCUGCACCACGCUCGGCACCGUACAGCGCACCGCCGCUGCGUGCGCCGUGUGCAACAGUGCGGACGGGUCGGGCACGGUGUGCGGCGGGGGCACGUGUGCGCCCAACACCACUGUGCCGCUCAACAGCAGCGCUCCCAACAACGCCACGGCGCCGCUGCUGCCGCGCUUCUGUGUGGGCGUGGCGCUGGACGCGGCGCAGGGCGGAGUGCUGCUGGCGCUCAAGGCGUCGCUGGGCGUCUCCUUCUCUGAUUGGACCGCCGCCACGCUCGCCGCCCCCAAGGCCACCUCCCCCACGCCCAAGGUGGGGCCGAAGCGGCGGUGGCUGCUAGGGAGGGGGGCGGGGGUGCAGUACGAGUGGAAGGCGGUGGGGUCGUGCACCAUCCAGGGCCAGACGCCCAUGCCCGGCUCCUGGCCCGCCGUGCGCUGCUCGCCGCUCGGCCAAAUCCUCAGCCUGGACCUGAGGAGCCAGCUGUUGAGCGGCACUCUGCACUCCGACAUCAGCAAGCUCUCCACCCUCACCACGCUGCGCCUGUCGUCCAACCUGCUCUUCCACCGCCUCGACUCCUUCCUCCUGCCGCUCACGCCCACCGCCUCCCUCAAGGAGCUUCACAUCAGCUUCAACUGGUUCUACGGCACCGUCCCCACCACCAUUGUCAACAUGCCCGCCCUCGCUGCCCUCAUGAUGGGCAACAACUACCUGACGGGCGAGGUGCCGAAGCCAGCGGCGGUGCUCAAGGCGCUGGGCGCGGAGUACAACUUCCUGUCGGGCACCUUCCCCGCCGCCACGCUCGCCUUCUGCUCCGCGCGCGCCAACUGCUUCCUCGACGCCGCCGCCUGCUACAGCGUCGACGGCACGGACCAGCGCGGCGCGGCGGGGUGCAGCGUGUGCGGGUCGGCGGCGGGGCAGGCGCCGCUGUGCAGCGGGGCCGUGUGCACGCCGGACCCGUCGGCGUAUGUGGCGUCCAAAGUGCCCAACAGCGCCACCGCGCCCACACUCGCCCUCAAGUGCCCCUCGCUCGCCCUCGAUGCCAACUCCUCGGCGGCGCUGCUCAGCAUAGGGGCGGCGCUGGGAGUGACGCACACGGACUGGAGUGCGAGCAGCGGCUGCAGCAUCGUGGGGGAGGCCGCCUCGCCCAGCACGUGGCCGGGCGUCUUCUGCAGCGGCACCGCUCCCAUCCCCCGGUGCGCGGCACAGGAGCCUGGGGUACAACCUGCUGUACGGCCGCCUCACCACCCUCGUCUCCAACAUCACGCCGCUCACCUCCAUCCUCUCCCUGUGCGCCCCCUCGCCCCCCCCUCCUCCCCCUCCCACCCUCUCACAUGCCCCCCCCUCCUCCCCCUCCCACCUUCUCACAUGCCCCCACCUUCUCACAUGCCCCCACCUUCUCACAUGCCCCCACCUUCUCACAUGCCCCCACCUUCUCACAUGCCCCCACCUUCUCACAUGCCCCCACCUUCUCACAUGCUCCCACCUUCUCACAUGCCCCCACCUUCUCACAUGCCCCCACCCUCGCACAUUCUUCCCACCCUUUCACAUUCUUCCCACCCGCCUCCCACUGCUUCCAUCUGCAGUCCCCACACUCUGUCUCUGCAUGUCUCCACCCCCCUGGCCUCGGCCCUUUAUGACACCACCUCACUGUCCCACUAUCUGUGCUCACGUGCCCUCCUCCGCAUGUGUGCCGCCCUCGCCCGCGCGCCCGCCAGCAACCUCAACGCCAACUACCUCUACGACAGCGUGCCCUCCACGCUGCUCAACAUGCCAUCGCUCACAGAAAUGUCAGUUCCUCCUACCCCCACGGAUUACACCUACAUUCUUUAG